UUUGGUUUAUUCCUUAUGAGCAUAUAAUAUAUAUUUUUCCAGCAGAUAGUAGUUCAGUGAUUUCGGAGGGCUAUCACAGUGGUGGUGGAAAUACCCCUGUACCACCUGUCCUUAUGGGAAUAUGCUUGUUAAAAGAAAUGAAGAAGAGUGAUUGGAUGCAGUUAUUUAAGCUUCAAAAUAAGGAAUAUGGUUACUGGGAGUUUUCACCAGUAUUGGGCAGACUGCUUGGGAUUUCCAUUGAAUAUUGUAGAAGCAUGCUUGCAGAUGCUGGAGUGAUGUCUUUAGGAAAGAAAGUGUCUCAAGAUGUGUACAGACUACUAGCUACCCUGCUGACUUUAACCCAGAUAGUUCAAACUGUUACUAAGUCUUUUGUCAGCUUCAAGGAAAUGCAAGCCACUCUUGAAGAAACAUUACCAGAUUUCUUAAAAAAGCUGUCCAUGAAAGACAUGGAGCAGGAACAGGUUUUCACUGGACUUGAACUGGCAGGAAGGUACUGCAAGAACAUGGACAAAGCCCACCCCAUGAUGUACUCCACACUUGAGAUAGGGACCAGCUGGGACCAUGUCAUGCAGAAACUAUUAGACCUGUAACAGGCUUAACUAACACUAGAACUCUUGUGUCAGAAACAUCAUUUGUUUAUACUAACUUUAAGUAGGUUAAGAAGCAUUCAUAUAUAU